AUGCCAAAUUUCACAGAUGUGACAGAAUUUAUUCUUCUGGGGUUGACCAGUCAUCAAGAGUUACAGGUUCUCUUUUUUGUGGUGUUCCUAGUAGUUUACAUGAUCACUGUGAUGGGGAACAUUGGUAUGGUCAUUUUGAUCAGCAUCAGUCCCCAGCUUCAGAGCCCCUUGUACUUUUUCCUGAGUCAUUUGUCUUUUGUUGAUGUGUGGUUCUCUUCCAAUGUCACUCCCAAAAUGUUGGAAAACUUAUUAUCAGAGACAAAAACCAUUUCUUAUGUGGGGUGUUUGGUGCAGUGUUACCUUUUCAUUGCCCUUGUCCAUGUGGAGGUUUAUAUCUUGGCAGUGAUGACCUUUCAUCGGUACAUGGCCAUCUGCAACCCUUUGCUUUAUGGCAGCAAAAUGUCCAGGACUGUCUGUGUUCGGCUUAUCUCUGUGCUUUGUAUCUAUGGAUUCUCUGUUAGUCUAAUAUGCACACUGUGGACAUAUGGCUUGUACUUCUGUGGAAACUUUGAAAUCAACCACUUCUGUUGUGCAGAUCCUCCUCUCAUCAAGAUUGCCUGUGGAGGAGUUCACAUCAAAGAAUACACAAUGAUUGUCAUCGCUAGAAUUAACUUCACAUAUUCCCUCUCAGUAGUCCUGAUUUCCUACACCCUCACUGUAGCAGCUGUGCUACGCAUGAGCUCUGCUGAUGGGAGGAGGAAGGCCUUCUCUACUUGCGGUUCCCAUCUGACAGCUGUUACCAUGUUUUAUGGGCCACUGAUAUUCAUGUACCUUAGGCGGCCCACUGAGGAGUCCGUGGAGCAGGGGAAAAUGGUGGCUGUGUUUUAUACCACAGUCAUUCCCAUGCUAAAUCCCAUGAUCUACAGUCUGAGGAACAAGGAUGUGAAAGAGGCAGUCAAUAAAGCAAUCAUAAAGGCAAAUUUGGGGCAAUGAAACUGUAGUGCACAUCGUUGUGGUAUGUCGGUACCUCAGGGCAUUUUUAAAGGCAACCCUUACGUAUACGAAAAGGUUCAAUCUACCACAGUGAUGUGUUACCCCAUGAAUGAACUCUAACGACUGAGUAUGCUUUAUACCCUACAUAUGCAGCAUUUUUAUUUAAACUGACAUAAUGUCAUUCAUGGUGUACAUACAACUGUGUUAAGCAUAGCCAUUGGAGCAACUCAUAAAAAGUUGUGGAUAAAUAAAUGCUAAUUUGAAGGUCCCCAUGUUAUAGUUGAAUGUGAUUUCCUAUGGCAUAUUUUCUAUGUCUGUAGUCCUUGGCCUAGAUUUCAUGUGAAAUAUAAUUUCAACAGAAAAAAAAAUAUAUAUAUAUAUACAUUGCUUUUACAUGACUACAGGAUGUUGAUGGAUUCCAGUUUCCCUAAAAAAGUAUCCUAGAAUAUUUAUACAUAAAUGGAUUUUUGAAAAUGAAAUUGUAUUUGGAAUCUUCACUUAGUACCUUAAUACAGUCAUAAGACUUGUCCUCAGUAGGCAUUGCUUGAGAGAGUGAACCAUGUUUA